AUGUCAUAAGUGAAAAAAAGCCUCUUAAAAGUAGAGAAACUUUAAUUUGAUAUCUACAUUAAUAAAUAGUUAAUUUAAGUGGAUUAUGAUGAUUAAACUACUGUGGGGGAAAUUCUCGAUUUAAUAACAAGGAUACAAAAUAUUUCGAACUCAAAUAUCUCUUUGUAUUUGGCUAAAAAAAGUGGCGAACCUAAACUAUCUUUCCCAGCUUUGGAGAGAAAUAGAAAACUAAUAAAAACAAAUGAAAAACGAUUUGUUGUUGUUAUGAAGUAAUUAGAACCAAAAAUUUAAAAUGAAUAAAAUUUAGAGGCUGUAAAAAUAACUGAGGGAAGACAUCCAAAAUAAAGUGUUUUCAAGAAAUGGUUUGGAAUCUCCAUGACUUGUAAAUGA